AUGGUUCGAUUUCAGGAACUUGAACAAGCAGCGUGUGACGUUAUUCAAAACGUGAAGGAGAUUCAAGACCUCAGACAUGCGAGGCUUUCAGUCAUUGGUGGCCUGGCCCUGUGGCAUUACCUUCCUGAAUACCGCACAACGGAUAACAUCAACUUCAUAACGAACAUAUCGACGUCGCCCAGCUCGCUGAAGAAGCGCUUGCUAGAACGACCAGACUCGCCCUUUCUCCAACGCUCACAAGCGCUCUUCUACAAGUGUCCUAGUGGGGAGGAAAUCCGAAUCGACAUCAGCCCCGAAUGGCUUUCGCCUUACCUUCCAGAGUCUGCUGCGAAAGUACAGGAUAUCUCGCGGGACGAGAUUCCGUACAUCUCCCUCACCGACCUCAUCGUAUUCAAGCUCGACUCGAGCGGGCUGAGAUCGAACCCUGCUAAGAAAGAGCGCGACGCAUGCGACGCCGCGGCACUGGUCGACUUGGCAUGUUCACGCAGAGGCUCUGUAGACCUAUCCAAAAAGCAAGAGCAAGUGGUCGAAGAAGCACUUUGCGACGUCGCGAAAUGCGGCGCGAAGGAGAAGGGCUGGUGGGAGAAGCACAUGGGCUUGGAGAGCAAGAACCUCGAAGUUCCGGGCAGAUCCCAACAGAGACAAGGCCGCCCUCAUUCCAAAUCGGACCCCUCGCCGUCUCGGACCAAGAUUACCAACGACCCUAACGCGGCGUGGCACUACGAGAAGCUCGACCGGGCGCACAUACGGCAAUUCAAGUCGAUGCACAGCAGCCGGGCGAGCGGGAGGCCCGGGAUGAUGCGAUCGGCCUCGCACCGGAUGAUAAGGGACACCGGACUGAUAUUGACGCAGCCGAAGACGACGCACGCGAGCCUCCAGAACGAGAUGAAGCGUUCCGGACUAAGCAACGAGGUUAGCCCGGAGUCGCCGGACGAGCACGACGAACAGUACUACACGCUCGAACCUAGAGGGAGCCCACUCCAGGGGAGCCCGAUCAGAACCGGGAGAGGGUAUUUCGAGCUCCCGCGCACGCCCGGCGGCGGCUUGGGGACGGUGACGGAGCACUCGGUCGUGGGAGUGAGGAGGACUUCCAAGGCGGGAUACUUCGACCUCAGCCCCGCGGACGCGCCCAGCACGGUGGUGCAGCAGAGGAUGCGUCCGGGGCUGGAGAAGAGGAGCGUUACUUUUCUCCUGUAGCAAUGCGACGAGUAGGAGGGGAAGGAAGUCGCGUGCUGCUUGGUAAAGGAAAGGUCGUCGGCUAUGUUUUUCAUACUUAGGGUUUAAUACAUGAUACCAUAAUCCCGAACCGAUCUGGACGGGGGAAUUUCUGUAUUUUCUUUUUAUGAAGAUCGAUAAAAGCCGUGAGGCUGGAGCCGCGGACGGUGGAGAUAUGGUUCUUGUAUAUUUUAUAAAUGCGUACAUAGGUAUUAUCUAUUCAAUACAUAAGUAGCACUGAUUACCUGACAUGUUCGAUGCAAGAUGAGAAAUGGAAAAACACGUGCCCACGUCAGACACGUUUCUCGUCCCGUGUAAGUGAAUCCCGUAUUUUAGUACGUUUAGGUAGAAGUUAUGCGCGUGGGGUAGGAUUAGAUGUUGGUUAGUUCCAGGUGGGGGGAAUGGCGGCGGGAUAGGGGGUUUAAUGCUUGGCAUGCUAGGAAAUAACCUGUAAUAUUGCCCGGCUCGGAUGCUCGUGGCCUGUGGCGCAGGGAAUAACGAUCAUCUGCUAG